UGUCCCCUGCAGUAGUACCACCCAUUAAUGGCACAAUCAAUUCUAAAUCUAGACAUAUAAACUCAACAGCUCAGAGAAACACACACACACAAAUCCAACAAGAAAGAAAAAAUGUAUAGCUUUCGAUGCAUAGAGAUAGAUGCUAGAAUAAGACAUUUUAGCUUUGUGUAUAUAUGCUCCUUCCAAUCUCUUUCAAACACAAGGCUUUUUUCUUUUGACAUGAUUUUGUUGAUCACCCUGGCUUGAUCUCAUGGAUUCUAAUGAGACAACAGAAAACUUUAAGUCAACAGCUGCAGUGAGGUUGCAGAAAGUUUACCGGAGUUAUCGCACCCGGCGUCGGCUAGCGGACUCGGCGGUUGUUGCUGAGGAGCUCUGGUGGCAAGCUAUAGAAUAUGCAAGGCUUAAUCACAGCACAGUUUCCUUCUUCAAUUUUCACAAAGCAGAAACAGCUGCCUCACGGUGGAGUAGGAUCAGCUUGAUUGCUUCAAAGGUUGGAAAAGGAUUGUGUGAAGAUGCCAAGGCGAAAAAGUUAGCCUUCCAACAUUGGAUUGAAGCUAUUGAUCCAAGACAUCGUUACGGUCAUAAUCUGAACUUUUACUAUGAAGAGUGGUGCAAAGGUGAUGCCCAGCAGCCAUUUUUCUAUUGGUUGGACAUUGGAGAUGGCAAAGAGGUUGAUCUCAAAGAUUGCCCAAGAUCAAGGCUUCGACAAGAAUGCAUUAAAUAUCUUGGACCACAAGAGAGGGAAUACUAUGAAUACAUAAUUGCUGAAGGGAAAAUGGUCCAUAAACAAACUGGGAAUCUCCUCGAUACAAAUCAAGGAUUGCAAGGCUCAAAAUGGAUUUUUGUUAUGAGUACCUCCAAAAACUUAUAUGCUGGAGAGAAAAGGAAGGGAUUAUUUCAUCAUUCCAGCUUCCUUGCCGGAGGGGCCACUUUGGCUGCUGGAAGACUUGAGGCAGAAGGUGGCAAGCUCAAGUCUGUGUCGGUGUACAGUGGACAUUACCGUCCAACAGAUGAGAAUCUUGGAAGCUUCUUAGCCUUCCUCAAGGAAAAUGGGGUCAACCUUGAUCAAGUUCAGGUACUUUCCCCUACUGAAGAUCAUGAGAACUAUGAUACCAGAAAAUCAAUUCGAGAAGGAACUAAACCUGGGGAACAAACAAAUUCGGAACCAACCGGCCACCACCUUCAGGCGCUUAGUGAGAUUGAAAAUAAAGGACCCUCUGAAUCACGUAUACUUGCUCAAACAGAAGGAACAAGCAGCUAUAAGAGAACCUUGUCCAGUAGUCUCCAGAGCCCCAAAAGAAGUGUUCCAAAGAAAGAGAUAUUGCAGAGAAUCAAGUCAAAAAAGGAAGUAAGUUCAUAUCAAUUAGGGCAUCAACUGUCUUUGAAAUGGUCAACAGGAGCAGGCCCGAGAAUUGGGUGUGUCACAGACUACCCUCUGAAAGUAAGGCUACAAGCCCUUGAGUUUGUUAACCUCUCACCGAGUGAUCCACCCAUACCAUCAGCCUCUGAACUUCCCCCCAAAGUCACUUCAAUCACAACUUUCUGUGUGGUAAUGUGACCUCAGAUUGACUGUCUUUCUUACAAGGUAUAAUAACAAGUCAGCAUCAAUUUUGAAUUU